CUCAAAAGAAAGGAAAGAGCGCAGAAGGAGCACCAGAACUUGCAGCUGGCGGUGUUCGGUUGUUGCACAACCAGUAUAUUCCUGGAGCCAGUGAGAAGUGGAACUGCUUCAGUGGCCUGAAAUCGCAGCUGAUUUCCUGCUUAGAGAUGGCGGCAGGAGCACGGCCCUGCGACUUUGCUACACUUACGGAAGCCGCAGCUUCACAAAGAGCACUUGGAACAGGCGUCAAACCUGCCGGCUGUCAGCUGCGACGGAGCCUGAUCCCAUUGGGCCUAAAACAUGGAAAAUCAAAGAGAGUGCUCUACACGCGACAGCUCCUCAGCCGAACGGACACGUCUUUGGUACUUUGCAAGGCAAGCUGCUGCACGACUGUCCCCUUCAGGAUUAGAGCAGUCAGGCCGGCGAACUUGCAUGAAGAACAGAUCAAAGUCCCAGCUUGGUACGAUCCACUCAUCAAGCUAGAUGUGGACCGCAGUGCUCUCAACGACUGGAUACUCAACGCAGGGGUCUACAACUCGUACCACAAAAAGUAUGACGCGCGCUGGCAGCCAGUGACGCUGAUGUUUCAUCCGGACGUUACGGUCAACGGCCAAGACGUGGGAGGAACAACAAGUAACACGGAGGGCUGCAUCAUUUACGUCCCUAGAUUCAAGGCUUAUAAAGAAGACGCAAUCAUUGAGGGCCGGCUGAUCAUGAAUCAGGGGUUUUCCCUAGCGUCCAACCUCCGCAACCUUCUUUCCCCCAAAGGUUUGCAGUCUGCGGACCUGCUGAUAUCGACGAAAGACGGCAGACCGGUUCCCUGUCACAAGAUGCUGCUACAUAUGCGGAGAGAAACUCUGUGGCCAAACGUGUUCAGCGUGCCGUUGACGAGGAGUGAGGAUGGGUCUAAGUUCGAGGUAACCUUGCUGCAAGAGUUCUCCUUUGCUGCCGUCAAGCGCUACAUCAAGAUCGUGUACACGGGGGAAAUCAGCCCGAGCAUGGGAGACUUGGACUGGGCCAACCCUGACGUCGAAGAACUGGCGCAUAUUGCAACCAAGCUGGGAGAGAGGGACCUCUUGAAGAUUCUGUGCAACAUUCACGCGUUCGAAACAGCCGACGCGCUGCCAGCGGAAGAGUUUCCUGGAGUGGUACGCACCGGAGAGGAGCAGUACUGGGAAGCCAAGAAACGAGAAGCGGAGGAGAAGCUAAAGAAGAUACAUGCCGGCUGGUGGGGAUUCUAAGGGAGCUACAACCAUUUUUCCGGAUGGUGGUGCACAUACUGUAGUACGCUUCUAGCAAGAUUUU